CAAACAAAACUAUUGUACAUGAUAUUUACAUCUUUGUUGCCUGGGAAUCCUGUUGCUGCUCCACACCUCACUCCAAACACCUGCUAAAAGAAUGCAAUGGUUUUUGCAGCUGCCUUGCAGUUUAGGAGGGAUCAAGUCACAGAGGUGUAGAUCAGAGAGCUGCAGUUCCUGAGUGGCUGAGGCAGCCAUGAGUAGUCGAGAGGUGGUCGUUCUGAGUGUGGGAGGUGUGAGGUUUGUAACCCGGGCUUCCACCUUGCAGCAGUUCCCCGAGUCCAGGCUGGCACGCAUGGUGAGUGACGAUGACCAGGAAUUUAAACUGGUGAAUGGAGAGUUUUUUGUGGACAGAGAUGGAGCUUUGUUUAGUUACAUCAUGGACUUCUUGAGGACUCUCCAGGUUUCCUUACCAACUGAUUUCUCAGACUAUCAGAGGCUGCAGAGAGAAGCAGAAUUCUAUGGACUCUACCCCCUGGCCAACCUCCUGAGCCAAGAACAUUUGCUGAAGCCGAGGCUGGAGAUCUUGGAAGUGCGUUUUUCUCUCCAAGAAAUGCAGGCCUUUUUCCGGAUCUUUGGUUCCUGCAGUACCACCAUUGAGGCACUAGCUGAGCAGAUCACUGUGUUUACAGGACAGCAGUCAGGACAGGGCUGGAACAGCCCUUUUCCUUCCCAGAAACCACUUGUUCCACUUCCUUUGGAAAGACCCUCUCAUCAUGAUAUGGUUUUUCUGUGUGGGACUGAGUAUUCUGCUGGUGACCAGUUCGUGGCCAGGUAUGUUUCCAUAAAGCCUGAUAAGAGAAAGCUGAUUAAUGGUACUAACGUGCUAGGCCUGCUGCUUGACACUUUGCUCAAAGAUGGAUUUCGCCUCAUAAGCACCAGGACAGUCCCCAGUGAAGAGAAGGCUGAGUGCUACACUUUUGAAAGGAUGAAGAGGGCAGCAGGCCUUGCCAUCAUGGUGAACCAAACCCCGGGGAGCUCUGGGGUAGCACAGGCAAGGAGAAGCCAAGUACAGAAAGGGAAAUAAGGGCUUUUCCUUCCAUCUUUUGAAUGUAGAAGAGGGAUGUGUCAGCACUAGUGACCUUUUAUUUUUGUUGUUUUGGCAUGUUUGAAACUGCAGCUAUUGAGGGAAGUAACAAACACAUUUUCUUUCAAGUAUUUAGGGGGAAAAAUUGUUUUCUUGCCUUUUACCGCUGUACCUUCUUUAAGUAAAAGAAGCCCAGAUUCAGUACUGGGUUUGUGGACCAGA